UGGGUGUGUCUCUCUCUCUCACAGACACACACACGCACGCACGCACGCACGCACGCGCACACACACACACACGCACACGCACGCGCGCACACACACACACACACACACACACACAAUGAAAGAGGAAGUAAAGUAGGCGCAGCAAAGAGGAAGAAAGAAGUAUCAUCAGUAUUUCUGCUCAUAUGACGUGUGUUUAAACUGUAAUGAUGGCGAGACUGAGCGAACACGGGAUCCGUCUCAGCUCUAUGAGCCCGUCGUACCUGGAGAGCAACUCCACCAGUCACACGUGGCCCUUCAGUGCUGUCGCAGAACUCAUAGAUAAUGCGUCUGACCCUGGCGUAACAGCCAAGAACAUUUGGAUAGAUGUGGUUUCGGUCAGAGACCAGUUGUGUCUCAGUUUUAUGGACAACGGCAGCGGUAUGACGCCUAACAAGCUUCACAAAAUGCUCAGUUUUGGGUUCACAGAAAAGGGUUCUGGUAAAAGCAGUCAUCAGCCCAUCGGCGUGUACGGUAACGGGUUUAAGUCGGGUUCGAUGCGUCUAGGUCGUGACGCUCUGAUCUUCACCAAGAACGGUGGCUGUCAGAGCGUCGGUAUGCUGUCUCAAAGCUUCCUGCAGGCCAUCAAAGCUCAAGCUGUGAUCGUGCCCAUCGCCCCAUUCAACCAACAGACCAAGGCUCUCGUGGUUACAGAAGAUUCAGAGGCGAGUUUGAGAGCCAUCCUGACACAUUCUCUCUUUCAGAGUGUAUCUGAGUUACAGGAGCAGCUGGACUCCAUACAGGGCAAGAAAGGCACCAAGAUCCUCAUCUGGAACAUUCGCAGAAAUAAAGAUGGAAAGCCGGAGUUUGAUUUUGACACAGAUGCUGAGGACAUCCGUCUGCCAGAGAUCCGAUCAGAGGAGGCUCACGGAAAACUGAGGAGAGAUUAUUACAAACAUCGCAGAGACAAUCAUGUUCCUGAGAUGGAGUAUUCUCUCCGAGCUUAUCUCAGUAUCCUGUACCUGAAGCCCAGGAUUCAAAUCAUUCUGCGACAGAAGAAAGUUCAGACUAAACUGGUCGCUAAGAGUCUGUCCAUGAUUGAGAACGACGUCUAUAAACCUCAUUUCAUCAACGAGCGAGUGAAAAUCACGUUUGGAUUCAACCUGAAAAACAAGGAGCACUUUGGCAUCAUGAUGUACCACAAAAACAGACUCAUAAAGGCUUAUGAGAAAGUCGGCUGUCAAAUUAAGUCAUCAGGUCAAAGGUCAGGGGUCGGGGUCAUUGGAGUGAUUGAGUGCAACUUCCUGAAGCCUGCUCAUAACAAGCAGGAUUUUGAGUACACCAAAGAGUACAGACUGACUCUAUCCGCACUUGGUCUCAAACUAAACGACUACUGGCGUGAAAAGAAGGAAAAGAAAGCAAAAGAGAGAGCGUUUCAGGCCUUUGAGAGAAAAAACAAGGAGGGUGACACUGAGGAAGAGGAGGAAGAAGAAGAAGAAGAAGAAGAGGAGGAGGAAGAAGAAGAGGAGGAAAUUGACGUGUCAUGGAUUCAAUGUGAAGAGUGUUUGAAAUGGAGAGGAGUCGCCACACACCUGUUCGCUGGAAAGGUACCCGAUCCGUUCAGGUGCAGCAUGCAUCCAAUAGCACGCUUACGGAGCUGUUUGUUGCCAGAGGACACAGAAGAGAACGCUGAUGUCACACCCAGCUAUGAAAAAACGAUCAAAAAACAGGAAAACGCCUCCGUUAAGAGAAGAGGAAGAUCCUUGGAGAUGAGUAAAAGCCCAGCGCGUCCGCUUUGUAGAGGACUAUCUGAUCCUGCAUCAGAGACCAAACAGGAUGAAGUCGCGGUUACCAUGGCGAUAGAUACACCGGCUACAGAUGAUGAUGGAGUCAAAGUUGCCACCACUGAAGAGGAAGAGUCCUCACCCUCUCCGAGAAAAAGAAGAAAGGAAACAUGUCCACAUGUGGAAAAGGCCAAAAAGUCGGCAAAUGGUGCUGGAACUCCAGAACUCCCCCUUGAGGGAGACACAGAGAAAACACACAAACUGCAUGAACCGGAAACAAAUAGCACCACAACGCCACCUGGAGAUUCGGUGGCCCAGGAGUAUAUUAUUCAGCCAGAGGCCUCAGUACUUGAGAGUCCCGUGGAGUCGCAGAUUUCCCAGGGGCCAUCGCAGCCUAAAGAUCAGCCCAGAAUCCCCCUUCACCCUCUCUCGCCCCACACCUCCAUGACCAUGGCUCAGACCGUUGUCGUCACCCCUCUGAGCCGCACAGGAUUUCAGCCCGUUUCACCAUUGCCGACGGAUGGCUCGGACCGCACGGCUCUGACACACAGACUCGCUCAACUCGAGCGGGAAGCCAAGCGCUUAAAAAGAAUCCUAGGUGUCCGUGAGCCGGUGACGGAGGUUGCCUUGGUAACGGAGGGAGAAGGGGCCGGGCCAUCUGAUGCCACCACAAACGAGGAGCGACUUGCGCAGAAUGGCGAUUCGGUGUCAUGUGAUCAAAAUGCAGAAAGAUCGACCCCCGUGCCAAAUGAGUCUAUGGGGGAGGAGCUCUCAGUUUGUCAGAAAUCAGAGGAGCAGGCAAACAGGCCCCCUCUGCAGGAAAGCAGUACUCCACCUGUCCAAACGAGUCCUAAAGACGAGCUCUACUGGAGUAAGACGUUAGCGAAACUCCAGAGUGAGAACCAGGCGUUAGCAGAAGAUCUGAACAAGCUGAAAACUGAGAGAGACCAACUACUGAUCCAACAGAGAGAAACUGAGAGAGAUGCACAUGAGAGGAGAGACCAGAGCACCAACACACCCAGUAACACUUAUAACAGCAGUGUCUCAUUGGAAAGGUUGCGAUCCAUCCGUAAGAAUGUGGUUGCAUUGCUGUCCUCUAUCCUGCCAAACCUGGAUAUGCAGGGCAUCAGCUAUGACACCAUUGACGUUGACAGCAUCCUACAACAGAUCAUCCAAGCCAAUAACCUCUGAUCCUGGAACAGUGAUUACAGAAGGGCCAAUCACUAACGGCUGCCUUAUAACAGAUGCCAUAAAGAAUUUGGGAUCAAAACGAGGAUGUCUACAGUGCCUAUAAUCCACAAUCUGGUGACUGAAUCUCACAAAAGAUGAAGAACAAGUCUUGGUCAUAUUUCACCUGAAAAAAUAAUAUUUGCAUUGAUUUGUAUGCCAAUUAACCACAUUCUGUCCUCCCAAAUGCUUACUACUGCAAUAGAAAAAUCUCUCUUUGUCAUUAAUAUAAUGGGAAAGAAAUACAUUUCAGUUGUAAAUUAUAUGUGCAUCAUGCUAGUAUUUGUUAUACCGUUUUAAUUGUAUUUCAGUCCUUUAUAUAAAUAACUAUUAUCGUAAGGAGAAUUUAAUGAGAAUCUUGAUUGAUGGGACUUACAACAACAAUAACAACAACAACAACAAAAAGAAAGGGCCAUAUGCAUUAUAGUAAUGAGAAUUUUGGGGAGAAAUGUGCUUAUUUGUCAUGAAAAUCUCAAAAUGAAAAUUCUUCAUAGUUCUAAACAGUCUCUUAUUUUCUUAAUGCAAAAUAUAAUUUCUUAUUUUUUAUUAUGUAGUGAAGUAUCAGGGAAUAAAAAGCAUGAUAAUGAUGUUACUGGAGCAUUGCCGCUGACACAAACAGCAUCACAAUACAAACUAUACAUUUAAAGUGUGUUUCAUAUGGCAGGUUAAAGCUUCUUUUCACACAAAAACACAUGCACUCACUAUCUAUUUUAAAACUAAUGAGACCUCUGUGGUUUUACAGCAACAUUAAUAGACAUUCAUAUGCAUGAGUACCAGGCACUGUGACCUAAAGGAACAUGUUUUAUGCCUGUGACAUUCAUGCACCUAUUGUUCCUAAAUCGAUGCAUGCAUGCAUGCACCUAUUGUUCCUAAUACAUGCAGCGUUCCUAAUGCAUGCAUAAAUGCAUGCAUGCAUCUAUUGUUCCUAAUGCAUGCAUUGAUGCAUGCAUGCAUAUAUUGUUCCUAACGCAUGCAUUGAUGCAUGCAUGCAUAUAUUGUUCCUAACGCAUGCAUAUAUUGUUCCUAAAUCGAUGCAAGCAUGCAUCUAUUGUUCCCAAGUCGAUGCAUGCAUGCAUCUAUUGUUCCUAAAUCAAUGCAUGCAUGCACCUAUUGUUCCUAAUACAUGCAGCGUUCCCAAUGCAUGCAUAAAUGCAUGCAUCUAUUGUUCCUAAUGCAUGCAUUGAUGCAUGCAUGCAUAUAUUGUUCCUAAUGCAUGCAUUGAUGCAUGCAUGCAUAUAUUGUUUCUAACGCAUGCAUUGAUGCAUGCAUGCAUAUAUUGUUUCUAACGCAUGCAUCUAUUGUUCCUAAAUCGAUGCAAGCAUGCAUCUAUUGUUCCCAAGUUGAUGCAUGCAUGCAUCUAUUGUUCCUAAAUUCAUGCAUGCAUGCAUCUCUCUCUCUCACACACACAGUCUCCAAGUUAAACAACAUUCACAAUCACGUUGUCACCAACAGGUCAUAAGAAUUUGCCGUUAGUCACCUGAAGCUCUGCUGAUGCUCAAAUAUGAAUCUAUAAGCAGGUUUUGUUUGUACAUAUUUAAACUGGUUCUUUAUAUCAUUAAGAGCUUAUAAAGCAAAACUAAUUGUCUAGAAUUACCAAUUUUUUGGGUCUUAUUUUCUAACAGAUCUUAAACUUUAACAUGCAUCGCAUUUUUAUUUCACAAAUUUUUUAUUUGUCGUAAUAAAGGCCAUCAGUGCUG